AUAGUCUCUGGCUCUCUACAGUCAGUGUGUAUUUUUUUUUAUUAUAUAACCCCGUUUUUAGUUAGUGCUCGUAAUUACAAGUGUUCUUCACAAAAAAAUUUUUAAAAAAUGGCAAAGAUCGUGCCUGCUUGUCGAAACGCCUUCCAACAGGUCCGAUCAUUUCACGUGGCAAGUAGUCAAAAUGCAGAGGCCAAAUUGAAGACGUUUUCGAUUUACCGAUGGAACCCGGACAAACCUGACGAGAAACCAUACAUGCAAGACUACAAAGUCGACUUGAAUACUUGCGGGCCUAUGGUUUUGGAUGCAUUGAUUAAAAUAAAAAAUGAAAUUGACCCUUCAUUGACAUUUCGUCGGUCAUGCAGAGAAGGAAUUUGUGGAUCUUGUGCAAUGAACAUCGGAGGAACUAAUACACUGGCUUGUAUUAGUAAGAUUGAUAACAAAAAUUUGACAGAAACCAGCAAAAUUUACCCGCUGCCGCAUAUGUACAUUGUUAAGGAUUUAGUACCGGAUAUGAACAAUUUCUAUAGCCAGUACAAGAGUAUCCAGCCCUGGCUUCAGAGGGAUGAUGGAAAGAAAGUUGGAACUCAGCAGUAUUUGCAGAGUGUUGAAGACCGUAAAAAAUUAGAUGGUCUCUACGAAUGCAUUUUAUGUGCAUGUUGCAGUACUUCUUGUCCAUCUUACUGGUGGAAUGCUGAUAAAUAUCUUGGACCAGCUGUUUUGAUGCAGGCUUACAGAUGGAUAAUUGAUUCACGUGACACCAAAACUCAGGAGCGUUUGAACGAACUGCGUGAUCCUUUCUCUGUUUUCCGUUGUCACACGAUCAUGAACUGCACUCGUACUUGUCCAAAAGGUCUGAACCCUGGUAGAGCAAUCGCUGAAAUUAAAAAACUACUGGGUGGUAUUAUCCAAAAAGGCAAACCUGGUUUAGAUACUACAGCAUUGCACAAUUAAUUAUUAAUACGGAGAUGAUUCCGAGUAUUAUAUUAUAGUCAAGGGAGGUGUAGUUUAAGAUCUCGAAUCUCUAAAUUGACUGGUUUAAACUUAUAAAGUUUAUUAAUGUUAUUUUAAAUAAAACGCAUCUUUGGCUUAAUCGAUAUGAGUAGAAAUAAAAUAAACUUUUUCAUUGUUUGAAAACUUGAUAAUAAAAUCUAAUUUCUAACGAGGUUCUUGUAAUUUUUUUUCUCUUGUAAAUAAAUAUUUGACAAAA